GUCGAUUUUAUCGGGAUCAUAUCCCGCCGUUUGACGCACAAGAAGAAAGACCAAAAAGACUACAGAUUUUCACGUGACCUCCACAGAUGCAAAAUAAUUAUUAGAAGAAAAAAAAUUUUUAGAGCCUACAGCAGCUUAACGGGUAGCGAAAGCGCAAACUUUACUAUCGGGUUUGACCAAUUGGGAGAAUAUGUCUAGCUCUAUUUUGGUAGUAGCACAGUAUUUGGAAGAGUCCCAAAGACGAGAAGUUGCUCGAAUUCUCUCGACGGAUUUACAGUCGAAUUUGGAAAAUAUAGAACCAUUAUGUGGAUUAUUAGAGACUGUACAACUCGAUGAGCAUACUGAGUUAUAUGAAAAUAUAUCUAAAUAUUGUACAGACAAAUUAUUUAAUAUUGAAGAUGAAGAUUUGGAUGGUGUCUUAAAAUUAGCACAAUGUGUACCUUCUUUACGUCAAGAACUUUUAUCAAAAAUUGAACAGUACCUUUCGUCAUACAUCUUGAGUCAUAAGAAUUACUUUCAACAAGGUAUAUUUGAACUUAUAAGUGUAAAAUUUCAUGAUAGUGGUGAUUCAGAGCUUUCGAAUGAAUUCAUAUUCAAGUUAUUUAAAUUCUUGGAUAUGUUAUUUAUUCAUAUUUCGACUCUCGAUAUUCACAAUAUCGAUUCAAUAUUAUUAGCUUUUAUUGCUAUAUAUGAUGAAGAGAUAUCUUCAAUAGCUUCUAAACUUUUAAGAUGGAGAAUUAAACUGAUUGCUCAAGAAUUCAAUGGUUCGGAUACUAUGUGGAAAUUAAUAUUCUUAUUAGAAUCUGGUAAUAAGAAAAGUCAUGCCUUUGUAUUUUGGUUACGUUAUUUAAGUUGUGAAGAUCUCUCAUCUAAUGCAGAAUUUAAAGCAGUAGUAACUACUAAUAAGUAUUGGUCCAUUAUUCAAAAUGCAUUAGUAAGUGAUUCCCAUGAGCACAGAAAGUAUUGUCUUUCUAUUUUACAACUUACCGUCAAAUCCAUAACCUUUGAUAUUAAUAAUGAUUAUAUUAAAUGGAAUAGUCAUAAUACUGAUAAACACUUACAAGAAUGGUCUAGAUUCCUGACCUUAUUUGAAAUCUUAGGAAUUGAUACUUCUUUACAUCAAGCAGAAGGAGGAAUUAAAGAUAUAACUGCAUUAAUUUCAGCAGAUUCUCUUAUACAUCCAUCUUGGGGAUUCUGUUUACUUUCAACUGGGUUUAAAGCCAGUAUGGAUUCAGUUAGAAAAUUCACUCUUAAGUUACUCUUUUCCAUUCCUGAUUCCAAUUUACAUUUAUUGAAAUAUGGGUUGAAAUAUCUCGAGGAAAUCUUCUUGCCUUAUAUGAUGUUAGCAUCACAUUUUAGUGUUAGAACCGUUAAUCAUAUUGAAGAUUGUCAUUAUGGUCGUAAACUUACAUCAUUCAUUACUCAUUUAUUAGAUACUUUGACUGAUGAAGAAACUGACAAUGUUGUAUACUCAUUAUUGAAAGUACUUGAGAACUUAAAGGAUGCCUUUGAUCCUUCUAGAAUAUACGUUACUUAUGGGAUUUUAAAGGGAUUGGCCAAUAAGAAAGUAUUGAAGUUUUCUAAACAUGAUAUACCCCUCUUAAAGUUAUUUGAAGCCCGAGCUGAAGGAGAAGUAUUUGAAAGAACUAUCCAAACUAUUAAUCUUCGAUUAUUGUUAAACUUUACCACUGACAAUAGUAUCGCUAAUUUCCUUGACUGUGCCACUAAAUUCAUUAAGUUCAAUGGUAAGAGCAUAUAUAAUGAGAAUGUUCAUUUAUUCCAAGCAGCCUUUUCAGAUAUAGAUUUAUAUGAAUUCAUCGGAACUAAUGAUGAUCAUGAUAUACUCAUUUAUUCUAUAAAAGGAGGUAAGAUAGAUUCUCACAAGUUGACAUCUGAAGUGUUAUUGGCUAAAGCUAUAGACUUUGGAAUUGAGUUAAGUAUCGAUUGGCAACAUAUAGUCAACAAUGUAGUUAGUAGCUGUAAUACUGAUUUCCUUAAGAGUUUAGCUGAAUCCAAGUUAUCUGGCAAGGCAACUCUUGAACCAUUAUGGAAUUCUAUUCAAAUUGGAUUUGCAUCAGAUGACUAUACCGUAUUGGAAAACACCUACUAUAAGCUUAUUAUUUUUAACCAAUUGUACAAUAGCAAUGAAGUCAAACCAAUCAAUUUCUCCAGCUUGAUUCUGUUCUAUCACACAUUACUUAGCAAUUCAGAAGAAGUCUCCAAAACAGUUAAGACCUUCUAUAAACUUAAGGAAGAUAUCUAUGGAGAAUUCUAUAAUCUUAUUAGUAUUUGCUAUACUAGAGAACCAGUUCAAGUUCCAAUAUCUACCAUCUUAGAACUAUUGGAUUCUAAUUCAUCCAGCUUUAAAGCUAAUAUGUCUAUGGUCCAAUUUAUAGAAGCAUUUAUUACUAAGGAACAUGUAAACGCCAUUGAACUUGAAGCAGUAGUGGAUUUCUUAUGUUCUAUGUGGACUAGCUUAGAUUCUACUCGACUCCAAUUGAAUCAGAAGGAUCUUCAUAUCGCAUUGAUUAGGACAAUCUUACACCCUAAGAUCUUAUCGUUAUCAUCGACCAAUGAUUCUGUAGUAUCGCAAUUAUUAUCAUUCAGUACCUCCAUCAUUAAGAAUGCUGCCGGUAGAAGAAGUUUAUUACCUACUUUCACUAAGUCACUUUCUAACUAUCAAGUUAGUCAUGGAUCAGAAUUCGAAUCACUUAAUUGGUUACCACAAGUCAUAGUCAAUACGUUUAUUGUAUACCAAUUAAACAGUAAUGUAUUCAAAUUAGAAGCUGUCAUUGCAGAUAUAUUCGAUAAGGAGAUAGCCAAUGAUUCAUUUUCUAAGCUCUAUUCUCAAGUCUAUGGUCCGGAAGAAGUUAGCUCGAAGAUUAAUCUUAUGGCUAUCAUUAAUUCUAUCAAAUCUCGUCGAUUUGCUAAUCAAUUAUUUGAUUAUAUCCAUGAAAAUCAAAGUAAUUACUACUUGUAUGAAGUAUAUAAGAGUACAGAUGGAUUUGAAGAAUGGAGAAGAAUUCAGUUAUUUUCUAUAAUAUUAGGGGUUAUUGAUGUGGCUGAUUUGGCUCCUUAUUUGGAUCAAUUUAAAUCUCUAAUUGGUACUGAUCCUAGUCCCUUGGCUAGAGCUUAUAUUGAAUGGAUAGUGGCAUAUUUGUUAUCGGACAAUACCGGUGAGAUCGAAGGGUUAAUGGAUUCAUUAUUACGGGAUACUUUAAAGCCUGCUGUAGUGAAUUCGUAUUCCAGAAUCUUAUUCCUCCUGAUAAAACAACUUAGCGAUAAGCAGUAUAAGCAGAAAUUAUUACUGAAACUUAUUACUAUAGUUAUACCUGGUGCAACAUCUAAUAAAGUUAUCACUAGACAUUUCUCAUUAUCAUUAGUUAUAUCUAUUUAUGAAGAGAUUACUCAUCAUAAUUUAAGUAUUGAAGAUGAUCUUAUACGAUUAAUCACUAACUUAUAUACGAGUGCAUCACAAACCGAAUCUUUUGGACAAUAUAGAAGUGGAGAUGCCUUAUUAUGGGAUAUUAAACGAGACUUAAAUUUAGUUAGUAUCUCAGGAGGAGUAUUAUUAAGAAUAUCUGAUAGAGACACUAUUGAUUUUAUACGAUAUGAAGACUAUUCCAAGUACUUGGAUAAUCAUCAAAUACCCCUUUUAAAUCAUCCUAUAGGAGAGAAUUUAGAAAACCUUUGGGUUAGAGAACGUAAAGCUCAUAAUUUAUCUCAUAGUAAAGCAACCGUCACUACUGAAUCUCCACUUCAAACCAAAAGUGGACAAUGGGGAGCCAUUAUGGAUGUGGAUGAAGAAACCAUUCGAGGUAAAGAAGUAGUUCGUAGUGACCUUAUUGUUGUAUCAUCAUUAGUAGAUAAGCCGCCUAAUUUAGGUGGGAUCUGUCGGUUAUGUGAUGUGUUAGGGGCAGGAACCUUGACCCUUAAUGAUAUUCAUAUAAAGAAUCAUCCCCAAUUUAAGAAUGUGGCAGUUACUGCCGAUAGUUGGAUGCCAAUGAUUGAAGUUCGAGAAAAUGAUAUUAGAGAUUAUUUACAAAAUAAGAAGAAAGAUGGUUAUACAUUAAUUGGAUUAGAACAAACUGAUAAAUCUAUUGAAUUAAAUAGUGAAUUGAAAUUCCCUGCUAAAUCUUUAAUCUUAUUAGGUAAGGAAAAGGAAGGUAUACCCGGACAUUUAUUAGCAGAAUUAGAUUUUUGUGUAGAGAUUAAACAACUGGGAGUUAUUAGAUCUAUGAAUAUUCAAACAGCAGCUGCCAUUAUAGUACAUGCCUAUUCUAUACAACAUACAUAAAUAUAAUUUAAAAAAUAUGAUUAUCAGUAUCAUCAUUUUCAUCAUCUUGUUCAAUUAAAGUAUCUAAUGCUUUAAUUAUAGCAGGACAAUAUUUAUUACAUAAAUUUAUACUUUGUAUAAUUAAUUUUUGAUUUAACCCUUUAAAAUUAGAAUUAUUAGAAUUUGUAGCUAAAUUCAUAUUGAUUAUUGGCGUUAUAACUUUAUCCUUAUAAAAACUUAAUAUUAAUCCAUUUUCUAAUACUUG